UGUUGCGCUACUGAGAGCAUUCACUGCUCAGGCAGAAGUGGUCCAGGACUUUAAUGAGUGUAGAGGGUUUUUCUACAAAGACACAGAACCACAAGGAAUGGAUCCGACUGCCAGUAAAAUCUGUCAGAUGUAUGGUGAAGGACAACACAGGGAAAAAGACGUCAUAUAUAAAUACAAUCCCUAUUUUAAGUACGCUACGCUGUACUCAACACACCACAGGAUCCCCCUCUACAGUGCCUACAGGUUUAAUCCUGAAUGCGGUAAUGACAGCAGAAGGAAAGACGACUGGCACGUCGAGCCACAGCUUUCAGGUUACCCAACUAGAUAUAUGGUCCGUGAGACAGACUUGAGAAACCUUGCGCUAGAUGAAGACGUCAUUAAACGAAGUCAAGCCGUGAGCAGUGACUACAGUUUCUCCGGAUAUGAUCGUGGACACCUGAAACCCAGCAGCUUCGACUGCGGUGAUGGCCGUAAGGCAACAUUCACACUGACCAACGCCGCACCGAUGGACCCGGAUUUCAACCGUGUCCACUGGGAACAGUGGGAGAGAAAUUUGAAGAGUUUUUUACUAAACCAGCGUAAGAGUGAUGAGGGUUUAGCAACAGUCUACAUUGUGACAGGUACGGUACCUAACGCGAAUCUACGGAUACCACAAAGGGGAAACCCUGAAGAACUCUCUGGCUAUGAAGAAUUCUCUGGCUCUGAAGAACUCUCUGAAGACUAUGAAAGGGUGUCGGUGCCCUCUCACGUCUGGACGGCUGUCUGCUAUAAACACCACAGUGAUGACAGUAAGUCUUUCUCCUUCGGUUAUAUGGGGGAAAACCAGCCAGAAGAGCCUGACAUAAACCUGAUGAGAGUCUCAGACCUGAAUGAUCAGCUCAGCAGACUCUACAGGGAGCUCUCAGGAACUCCACAGACAGUUAACAUUUUUGUGGAUGGUUGUUUUGAAGAUGAUGAUGAUGAUGAUGAAAUAAACAAGGUUAAGAAUGAGUUUAAAAAGUUAACAAAUCUUCCAGGGAGACAGGGACUCCACAUGAGCACAGAUGUGCAGACCACGUUUAGUGCAGUGAAAAGGGCCAUUUGCAGUGAGAGCCAAUCCUCUGAAAAGAAAGUCAAGGUGAAAGAGAUGACUGUAAAAUUACUCUUUGACAGCAUGAAGACUUACUAUACUAUGGCUGAGGAUCUGAAGGUUUCUGCUGGAAGUGCUUGUCUUAUAACUAACACCAAACCAGUAGUAUUUGGUCAACUUGAUCUCAGGAAGAGGGAUGUAUCCGAGUGGCCGGACGCUGUUGAGUGCCUGCUGGUCCCAGAGAAGCAGAAGACUGCAGCGGAUGGAUCGAAGUGCUCAAGCGUCUCAGAGUCUCGUGACAGCUGUUGGUGCACCUCAGGAGGUCAAACCAAGCCCUGCUGCUCCUCUCCCUGCCUGUACGUGCACCAUCUCGAGGACUACAGGUGUAGCUCAGGCCAGACGCAGAUAAAGUGCUCACCGCGGUACUCACUCGUCACGGUUAAUAGAGAGAGGUGCAAGGAUGAUCACCCCUGCGGCACAUACGGCUACAACUACUACUGGUGUUACAAGGCCUCUGGCAGCUGGGAUUACUGCAGUCCUCCGGUGUGGAGCAGUAAAGCCAAAAGCGGGAAGUUCUGCCGCAGUGAUCAUGCCUGUGCCAAAUAUGGCAAAAGUUACCUGUGGUGCUACACGGAUAACAGAAAUAACUGGGAUUACUGUUGCAAAAAUUGUGCCUAGAUGGUUUACAAUGUGUAGUAUACUGUAAGAAAUAUAUCCAUAAAAUAACAGAAAAGUCCUAGCAUCUCAGUACCGGGACAUUAUCCAUUAAUUUACGUACAUUUCUGUUUGUCACAUUAAUACAGUAUAUUGUGCCCUAUGAUUAUGACUAAACUAAGUUGAUUAUGAUUGUACUUGGAGCUCUUACAAACCUACAAGCUUUCUAACAUAAAAAAUAAAGACUCUAAUCUGUGUUACUGAAAUGAACAGCUGCUUAAAAUUGUAUACAUUUUCAUUUCAUUUGUAGGCAAAAACAAAAAGCUCAAUAAAAAUAUGU